AAUCCCGCGGCCUGCCAGGCGCCGCCGCGUGCGCAACCACCUGUCGACAUCCCCUGCGGCCUGCGUAUAUACACCUCGGCAGCUCGGCUCGACACGACACAGCUCCUCCCAGUCCGUCCCAAUCCACUCACCGCACGACACCCCGCUCGUUCCCCAAGUAGCUAGCAGCAAGCAAAGAUCCAUCUUCUGGCCGUCUCGUGAUGAUGAGCGGCGGCGUCAGCGGCAUGGAGUCGUCGUCCUCAUCCGGGAGCUCCUCUGGUUCGUCCAGCUUCUCCAGCUUCGUCCGGCAGCUCAACACCUACGGCUUCCGCAAGGUGGACCCGGACCGGUGGGAGUUCGCGCAUGCCUCCUUCCUCCGCGGCCAGACGCACCUCCUGCGCCACAUCGUCCGGCGCCAGAGCAGCGGUACCGGAGGCAGGCGCGGCAAGGACGACCGCGAAGAUGAAGACGGCAGCAGCACGAUGUUAGCCAUGGAGGUGGUCCAGCUGAGGCGGGAGCAGAGGGCCACCGAGGAGCGCGUGGCGGCGAUGUGGCGCCGGGUGCAGGAGACGGAGCGCCGGCCCAAGCAGAUGCUCGCCUUCCUGCUCAAGGUGGUCGGCGACCCCGACAUGGUGCGCCGCCUCGCAGGCAGCGGCCAGGACGAGGACGCGCGGGUCAACAGGCCGCGGCUGCUUCUCGACAGCAGGGAAGAACAGAGGAUGCCCGUCGACGGGCAGUCGUACCACAAUCACAGCAACCUGAACAUGGAAGAGGCCUAUGUGCUGGAGCCCAGCGUGGAAUUGUACUACGCCGGAGGCGACGUGCAGGCGGACGGCGGCGGACACCCGCCGUACGCGUUCCACGUCAACAGCGGCUACUGACUGCGUGCGUGAACGCUGUCCGGCAUCUGUAUUUUGUGGCUUUGUCGAGAGAGAAAUAGGCACGUGCAGGAAGCUAGCCAGAUACUAAAUACUCCGGCAUAGCUCAGGAACAGAAACGCCGCACUUGUAUAAGAGACGCUUAGAUCACAAUGUCUCUGGAAUUUAGUCAGUGUAAGUUUAUAUUUCUUUGUACUCUCUUCGUUCUUAAGUAUAUCUCAUUUUAAAGAUUUUAGUAU